AUGAGCUCCCCCUCCCAAACCCCUGGCCCGUCCCCCACCCAGUCCCCCUCCCAGUCCAGGUCCAACAGCGUCGUCAACCCGCCGGCGCAGCAGCAAUCCAGCUCCGGGGGCCUCGCCCAGUCCCCAUCCCCAUCCCCGUCCCCCACCCGGGGUGGCUCCUCCUCCCGCCCGCCCUCUCACCCUCCCACCCCUUCAGCCUCCCAGCCCAACUCCCGGGCUCCCUCCUUGGCCCCCAGCCCCCACAUCCAGCAUGUGUCCAGAGGCUCCUCCCAAGGCCCCACUCCACCCCCCUCCAAGUCACCUUCUCAGUCUGGGUUGAAGCCCAUCUCUCGGAACCCCUCCCUUGUGCCCAACGUACCCUUCCUGCCCAUGCUGUCUCCAAGCCCGGCCAACUCGGCCUCCUACAUCGGGCCCAUGAGGCGCAUCCCCUCCUACAUCGCCCCCUACAUACCCCGCUUCAUGAGAGAGGGCCCCUUCUUCCAUCCCCCCACAUCGCCACUCCCCCAAAACAGCUGCUUCCCCUGCACCUUCCCCUGCCCACCCCCUCCGCCUCCCCCUCCCCCUAACUCUUUUUACUUUCCCUUGCUCCCCCCUCCCCCCCACAUCCCCCGGCUCAGCUGCUCCUACCCCACCCCUCCUGCCCUGUUCACGCCCCCCUCCUCCCUGUCCUACACGCUGCCGGUGGACGUUCUGGUGAGCCAGAAGCCUCAUGUGGUCCCCACCAUGCUGCCCCCCACCUUCUACACCCCCUUCUCCCGAUUCUACACCCACCCCAGACCGCGCCGGGUCAUCCGCCGCUCCGGGCAGUCCCCACUGUCCACCUACGACAUAGGCUCUACCCGCACCGUCCACUUCUUUCGUGGGUCCUAGGCCUCAGAUCUAUUUUGGACCUGAAGCUUCUGUGGGCAAUUUCAAGCUGCUGCACCCCGAAUUCAUCCGCUACCUGAUGGAGAGGUACUGUGGGUAUUGGGGGAGGGGGACC